GUGGAGCGUGUGCCUCUGCUGGGUGGUCUUCUGUCGGUGGGUCUUCAGCUCUUCUGUCUCUGCUCCUCCAUCUCUCUGUCUCUGCUCACCAUCGCCGCCGGCUGGAUCUACUAUCGCCCCCUGCUGGCCCUGUGUGUAGCGGCUGCUGCGCUAGUGCUGCCGCUAGCCCUGGCACACGCUAGAGCGCCCGCCAAGAAGAGGCAGUGACCCGACACACACACACACAGGCGCACACUCCAGUGACACGCAAGUACAUGUGUGUGUGACCUACUGCAGAAACAAAGGGUUGACCUCAUGUAUGACAGCGACACACACACACACACCCAUACAAACACACACACACAUACAAACACACACACACACACACACACCACUGUUACACCACACACAGACGUCAGCUGAGCGAGGCGCGUGAUUGGCUGCAGCACACACUGUGUUGAGUGAGAAUCUUCAAUAAAGCUCGUCCUGCAGCUC